ACACGGUUAAGUUGUUUUAGACGCCCCAACUGACAAGCUACAGGAUCAAGACUACGAGAAGCACAUUUUAUAAUAACUGAUUACACUUGGCUGAAAAUCAAGGCAAUUGCUGUUUUAUGCAACUAAAAUGAAGCUAUCUUUGUUUGGCGUGGUUAUUCUUUGUCUGUUGAACUUUCAACCAGCUCUUGGCGUCAAAUGCAGGUUAUGUUGGCCGCCAAUGGACGAAGACGAAUGUAAAGCACAAGAAAAAAAGAUAGAAUGUCGACCUUGGAAGAAUUUAGGCUUUGAUGUCUGCAUUGAGGUCGAGUACCCAGGGAAUGGAACACUUGCAAGGACAUGCUACCCAAGCUAUAAGUGUGAAGGAGCCAAGGAAUGGUGCCGUCGAUAUGGUCCUUGUAYUGUUAAGUGCUGUAAAGGAAAUCUUUGYAAUGGUGGAAAACCAAUCAAAUUUGCUGGUCACCUGCUCUUGCCUGUCAUCCUCACCUCAAUAGCGGSCAUACUUCAUCUAUAAGAUCAGUCUUUCUCUUUUCAUUUAAAAAAUUUGGAUAAAGACGUAUAUAUAUUUUUGAACAAUAUCGUUUUAGUCAAGGAAAAUAAGAACGUUUUGUGCGCUCAUUUAUUAAAGAAUUGUACUUUUUAUAGUAUAAGAUUUCUUAUAAAAAAAAGCAAACACACGCAUAUCUUCAGAGACGGAAUCAUAAGCUUUUUUUAUUCGCUUUAUUAGAAAUAUUUAAUUAUAAGUUCUGUAAAUUUGUUUAAAUUUGCAUAAUCAGCGAAUAGACCGACUUGAAUGCACUCUA